UUGUUCAAACUGCGAGAGAGUUGUUCAGUGCGCAUGACUGUAAGUAACUUGUUGGCUCGGAAAGCGUUUCAAAGCGGCAGUGCGGCGUCUAACGUCCUCAGCGUAUCCCGCUGGGGUUUACCGCUCUCGGACUAAGUUUCUCGGACGAAAAAUCCGCGAAAAGCGUUCGGAUUUUGAAUUCGAAAUGGAUUAGUCGUGUUUUGUUUUUAAUUGACUUUUUGUCAUGUUGGAAGCGGGGUUUUUCGAAACAUGGAUACAACGUGACUUUAAAGAAAUUAAUGUUGAUUUUAAUGGAAUGAUUGAACUGUAAGUGUUUGUGAUGGCGUUGAAGAGACUUGUUAUCGCCUGGGCGGUCUGGCUGGCGUUGCCAUUGGCAACGGGCCAUCUCAACGUGCUUAUCAGCCAGGCUGAAGUGAUGAAAUUGCUCGGUCUCGACGCAGAACUAUACUACGUGCGAGAGGGCGUGGUAAACACCUAUGCCACGGGCUUCAUCGUACCAGUACCUGCGCACAUAGCCGACCUGGAGUUUAUGUGGCAGUCCUUGGGCAGGAAGCCUCUGCCGUAUGUUAUGGACAUAGACUACGACAGCCGAGGGGCGAUGUUGCCGCCGCAAGUCAACAUCUCGGAGAGGGGGAUGGUGCCCACGAAGUUGCAAGCUUUCAGGGUGCGCUUGCCUUGCACCGGCAGCAGGAGCGCCGAGAUCCUGGUGACCAUGCAACUGAACAUUUCGGCCCCUGACCGCGCCCACAAAGAUGUACGGCUGCUGUUUAAGAGGAACAAGAUCUGCUUGAAAGGUCUAUCAACAGUAGUCACCCACAACGAAACCGCCAUGUUGGCUGGCGACGCCACUCGCGGCUCCAGCGGCGUAGCCUUCGCCGCCGGCGGCUGCGCGGCGGCAGCGUUGGCGUUGCUGGCGGCGGCGGCCGCGGCGGGCACGCUUUACCGCCGGGGCGGGAAGGCGCGCCAUCAUGAUUCUAUACAUACAUCAUACACCACAGCAGCCUACGGCAGUCAUCAGAACGUCCUGCUGCGACUGGAUACCCUCGGCAGACCACCGAGCUCCACUGGAUCUUAUGCUACUAUAGCCAGCUUACAUAAAUUUCCGUUUGGCAGCAGAAGAUCCCCUUCACCAUACGCGACGACCCACAUCGGUGAGCACGUGUACGCGAAGCCGGAGUCCCGAGUGUCCUACUACGCAGCCUCUAAUCUCACGCACGUCUCGCAGAACACAAUAACAAAGGACCGCAUCACAGACCCGGCUGAGCAGCUCCGAAUUCUAACGACACCUCGUUCGAACAUUCGUCUUGAGAUCCUGGUUCAUGAGGGAACGUUUGGACGAGUCUAUAAGGGGGUGUACAAACGAGGGGAUACGUAUGAAGAGGUCUUAGUUAAAACAGUGUCUGAAGCAGCAUCGGCCAUGCAAGCGGCCCUGCUCGUCGCCGAAGGCUUAAGGCUCUGUGGACUUGUCCACAAUAACGUUCUAGCACCAAUGGCAGCCUGUGCUGAAGAAGCACGGAAACCCCUUUUAGUAUAUUGCUGCGCUUCUCACUCAUCUAAUCUUAAAAGGUUCCUAACAUCGUGUCGCCUAGGCCACCAGGCAGCACCAGCAACGCGGGAGUUAGUAGAGCUUGGUGCGCAAGUGGCUUGCGGUCUUUCUUACUUACACGUCCAACGUUUUAUACAUGCUGACGUCGCUGCGAGGAAUUGCGUAGUGGAUGAGAAAUUGAGACUGAAGUUGACCGACAAUGGCCUAUCAAGGGAUUUAUUUCCUGAUGACUACCACUGUCUUGGAGAUAACGAAAACAGGCCAGUGAAAUGGAUGGCGCCAGAAUCUCUUCUACAGAACCAGUACACAACAGCUUCUGAUGUGUGGGCGUUAGGGAUAACGCUAUGGGAGCUGGCAACUCUUGGUGCUUCUCCAUUAGCUGAAUUGGAUGCUGCUGAUGUUGGAGCAUUCCUCAGCGGAGGUUAUCGCCCAUCUCAGCCACAUAACUGUCCGGAUGAACUGUAUGGCCUAAUGUCCUGGUGUUGGACCACUUCUGCAUCAGCGCGACCGACAGCACCUCAGCUUUUGGCGGCCCUUCAUGAUUUCAGACAAGCACUUAGCACGUAUAUCUAAAUUUCGUUGAUUCAGGAUCUUUCUUAACAAUUUUUUGUUUGACCAUGUCCCUGCUUUAUUCCGUUUCUAAUAAGUAUCUUUGAAAUAUGAACCUUUUUAUUUAUCCGAAACGUUUAACUUUUGGAAUUUUAUAGUCAAUUCAAAUAACUACUCGGCACUAUUUUUCGUAUACUACUAAACCCAAAGUGCCUGCCAAAGAAUCUUAAAAUCAGCUAAGUAGAUGAAACAUAAAAUCGUUCGGUAAAACCAAAGAUGUAAUGUCGGAUGGCGUAGUGCUUGAGCUAGAGAAUUGAUGUAGGAUAAAGUAAGGAAAUGCAAAACGGUGAUAUAUUUUUAAUUAAGUCAUAAGAACCCAUUAUGAGUACGAGUAUACCCAAAAUACUUAAUUUUCUUCUUGAAUAGAAGCUAGUUAGAUUGUAGGACAGUAAGUGACAUUACAGCAGGAUAUAUAUAACCAAAGGAAUUAAAUGUCCCCAAAGACGGUUACCAAAGUUUAGGUAUAAUUUUAAUAUAACCUAUAAUAUGACUAGACGAAAAUGAAAUAUAAAGUAAAUAAGUUUAAUUAUCUAAACUAGGUUGGACGGAUGCGUGUAGUAAUUUGGUCUUGUAAGAUUUAUCUAUAGCUUUUAUCAAUUUUAUGUUUCGAAUAACUACUACUAUCAGUUUUAAGAAUAUGAGUGUGAUUGUUAAUAAUAAUAAUAAUUGAUUUAUUUGAAAAGAAUAUUGUAAUAUUUAGUUUGCCAUUGUUAAUUUGUUAUACGUAAUAUAAUUUUUACACUUGUUUAAUAAUUGCACGUUUCUACAUUUUCGAAAAAUUUGGACCAAUAUCGCCCAACCUCUUGUGUACAUACGAAAUCGAUGCAAAAGGAAUUUAAUUUUGAUAAAUAGAGCCGACGGCUUUGAUUAAUUUAAUUGCGAUAUUAAUCGUUUUAGACAUAAUUAUUAGGAUAGAGUUCCUGAGGACAUAUAAGUCCGUCCAGGAAAAAAAGGAUACAACACCAAAGCAGUAGUUAGUCAUGAUAUAGUUGACGGAAUGGUUUUGAUGAAUCAUCAAUUUAAGACGAAUUCAUUAGUAGCAUCGAAAAAGAAAUAAUAAAAAGAUCACUUAGUUCAUAUAGUAUCAGUAUCCAUUGCUGGAUAGAUUCUUCAAAACCAUUGAUCGUGCAACGUUCAUGAUAAGAAGAUGUCUAUUAAACCACAAUUACUCAUAGAAAAUAUAUAAAUAUACUAUUCAAUAUAACUAGUACUUAAAACGGAAGCAUAACAAUAUUCAAAUAUACAAAUUGUGUAUAUAUAUUAAUUUAAAAAUCAAUGUCAGAUUUCUUCAAACCAUCGUAACAGUAAGAAGUACCUAAAUUGAGGUUAGAAAAUAAAUUUAUCAACAAUUUUAAAUCGGUGUCGUCAUUUAUGGUAAAAUAUACGUGUAUUACAAAGUGAGAUUUAACUAUAGAUAUUUUAACCAAUUUAUUCUCAUUAACUUUAUUACUUUUACUUUUGUUUGUUGUUUGAUCAUUGUGUUUUCUUUAUUAGUUUUUUGUAUAUUCUACUUUGAUAUUAACUAAAUGACUAUUGUUCACUGCGUUAUCAGUAUUUAAGCUACCUCAAACAUAAUCUGCUUGCUGUUUAUUCCUAAGACCCUAAAUGCUUGUUACGUUUAUUAUACCCGCUAGUAAAAUUGCUAUUUUAUAUAUAAAAAAAAACAUCAUAUUCAUUUGUAUGAUCUGUAAAUUUCAGAACUGAUGCGAACAUGUCAUUCAAUAAAAACCUAACCUCGAUCACCUUUUCAUAUUUCACUUAUAAUUUUAUGAGUAAUUAUUUAUCUACAUUAAUUCCAAUGUCAUUGACAUAAUAUAUAUAUGUAUAUGCUAUUAAUACUUGUAUCUAAACAUGUUAUGGAUCAAACAGGGUCUUUAACUCUUAGGCAUUAUACGUGUUUCUUAAUUUUAAUGUGUUGCGCUUUCUACUAAUACUUCGUAGCUUGAUGUUAACUUUUCUAUUGUAAAAUCGGUGUUCUUGUAAGAUUCUAGAAAUAAGCAGCACCCUAAACCAUUAGAAUAUAAUUAAAACCUGUAAUUUUGCGAUCGGUAUUGAACAACAUGCAAAUAUGUAACAUGAAAUAGCUAUAUUAUAAUGAUUUGUAUUAAGAGGACGAGGAGGAGUCAGUACCUAAAAAAUAAAUGUAAUUUAAAAAAAUCUACUUUAAAUUCAUUAGUGAUUUUUCGAGUCACCGAUCUAUUCUACGAAUCUAAAACUUUCAUGACUACUCUUAGAAUGUUUGCUAACAUCUAAAAUAGCCCUAAGUCCGUGGACUGGACGCACGUGGCGAACUACCGCUUGCGCCGCCCGGCUCCGAGCGGCACGAUCAAAAUGUAAAAGCCUUGAAUGAGUCUGUUUUGGACGACAGUGGCGACUGUUUUCCGCGCCACCCGUCGCCCCGCUCGCCGAGUCGCGCGCCCAGUGCGUCCAGUACAGUUGGACAUCAGUACUUCUAAAAAUUGUAUAGAUAUAAAAACGCGUCAUUUUGUAUAAUGACUGAGUGCCAGAUGAAUGUGAUUGUAUGUUAUAUGUUGAACUGUGUUUAAAUUAUAAUAUAAGUAACUGUUUCUAGUGGUAAAUGGAUGUAUUGUAAUCAAUAUGGCUUCAAUGGCGAAUGAAACGAAAUAAAGGUUAUUUUAUAUUAUA